AUGAUGGCAUCAAUAGGAGACUUUGAUCCUCUCAACACCCGCGUCCCUGCAACUAAAAUCGAAGUUACAGUGUCCUGUCGGAGUCUACUGGAUGUUGAUACAUUCUCCAAGUCAGAUCCUGUGGUGGUGCUGUAUUUGCAGGCUGUGGGAACCAAAGAGUGGAGGGAGUUUGGCAGGACAGAGGUAAUCGACAACACGCGGAAUCCAGACUUUGUAAGGAAGUUUGUCCUGGAUUUCUUCUUUGAGGAGAAACAGAAUUUAAGAUUUGAUGUGUACAAUGUGGACUCCAGAAGCUGCAACAUUUCAAAAUACAAGGACUUUCUGGGUCAGACUUUCUGUACCCUUGGAGAAAUCAUCGGCUCCACUGGCGGACGACUGGAGAGGGUGCUUUCUGGGAUUCCAGGAAAGAAAUGUGGAAACAUUAUCUUAACUGCGGAGGAGCUCAGUAACUGUAGGGAUAUUGCUACUAUGCAGUUGUGUGCCAACAAGCUAGACAAGAAAGACUUUUUUGGCAAGUCUGACCCUUUCCUGGUUUUCUACAGAAGCAAUGAGGAUGGAACGUUCACCAUCUGCCAUAAGACAGAGGUAAUCAAGAACACAUUGAACCCAGUGUGGCAGCCCUUCACCAUCCCUGUUCGAGCCCUCUGCAAUGGCGACUAUGACAGGACUGUGAAAAUAGACGUCUAUGACUGGGAUCGAGAUGGAAGCCAUGAUUUCAUUGGCGAGUUCACCACCAGCUACAGAGAGCUGUCUCGAGGACAGAACCAGUUUAAUGUGUAUGAGGUUUUAAAUCCGAAGAAAAAAGGCAAAAAGAAGAAGUACAUUAACUCUGGAACUGUAACUCUGCUGUCCUUCAAAGUGGAGUCAGAGUACACCUUUUUGGAUUUCAUCCGAGGAGGGACACAGCUGAAUUUCACAGUUGCUAUAGAUUUCACUGCAUCCAAUGGUAACCCAUCCCAGCCCACCUCUCUCCACUAUAUGAGUCCCUACCAGAUGAAUACUUAUGCCAUGGCACUGAAGGCAGUGGGUGAGAUCAUCCAGGACUACGACAGUGACAAGCUCUUUCCUGCCUAUGGCUUUGGCGCUAAGCUGCCCCCUGAUGGCAAAAUCUCCCACGCAUUCCCCCUGAAUGGCGACAGUGAUAAUACUAACUGUGUGGGCAUAGAAGGUGUUCUAGAGGCUUAUUUCCAGAGUCUGAGGACUGUGCAGCUGUAUGGACCCACCAACUUUGCACCUGUUAUCAACAAAGUGGCUCACUGUGCAGCUGAGAUUACAGAUGGCUCUCAGUACUUUGUGCUGUUGAUGAUCACAGAUGGAGUGAUAUCUGAUAUGGUCCAGACCAAAGAGGCGGUGGUCAAUGCAGCGUCACUCCCUCUGUCUAUAAUCAUUGUGGGUGUUGGGCCUGCUGAGUUUGACGCGAUGGAGGAGUUGGAUGGAGAUGAAGUUCGGGUAUCCUCUAGAGGACGUCUUGCUGAGCGAGACAUUGUUCAGUUUGUCCCAUUCAGAGAUUAUAUUGACAGAUCUGGCAAUCAGGUUCUUAGCAUGGCCCGACUGGCUAAGGAUGUCCUUGCUGAGAUCCCUGACCAGCUGUUGUCAUUUAUGAAGAGCCGAGGAAUUGAACCGCGACCAGCCCUCUCUUCCUCGCCACUACCGGAGCUCCACCAGCAUAUCUGAUAUUCAUUAUUGACCCCCGUCUCUGCCUCUCCACUCUGACUCUGUUUCCUUCCGUCUUAUUUACAUUCAUCCUCCUUCUGUUAUUUGUCACUUUAAAGUAGCUGAAGGUUCGUCUCGUGGCUCGGCCUGCUUUGUCACUGGUGAAGCCCAACAGGCACAUCUCACACACAGACAGUCGACACACAUCACUGAUUCAGUCACUGCUCUUCAUAUCAUUGCUGGAAUGAUUUGCCUUCUUGUAUUUAAUUUAAGGGAAACGUCAGCUUGAUCUGUGACUGUAAUUCCCCUCUUACUGCAAACAUAUCGCUCAUAGCCCUGAGUCACCGCGUUGAAGUUGCCCACUAAUUUUCCAUGCUGGAAACCUUUUUCAAAAAUUGCUUUCAUACUUGUCCUUGUCCUCUGCAUCGCUGACACAACAUGCAUUUGGCAAAACACCCAGCAAGGCCAAGACACUAAAGUUUAUUGAAGUUAGUCUCUAAGUGAAAA